CGGUGUAUCUCGCUGAUUUGUUGUAUGUCGAUCAGACAUUCAAGAACAAGAAGUCUACACUCGCCGAUAGACAGCGCAAAGCCAACGACAGGAAACGGAGGAAACAGAAACUGGAAGAGAAAAGGGCCGACACACGAAGAGACCUCCAGGUAAGACCACUUGAUCAGGAACAAACCCUAAACCCUAAACCCUAA